AUGGGAGUGGUAAUGUGUUCUUUUGAAAAAUUUAAUUUGAAUUGGAGUGACAAAAGCUCUUCAUCGUGUGAUGUUUGUGAUGGACACAUUAGUGGUCAGCGGCGAAAAUUCAUCAUACAUCAUACAUCUGGAUUUUAUAUAAAUGAAGGAUUUCUAAACUGGGAUAGGACACAAACAAGUGAUGUAAAUGCGCUAUUUCAAAAAAAAAAUGAAAUGAGGUUGAUCUGGAAAGCGAUAGACAAUGGAAUUGCUCUGAACUAUGAAUCUGUGCAGAGAACUGCGAUCAACGAUUGCAAGAAAUUGGCGUUGGUCAGUCAGGCAAUUAUUACACAUAAUACAGGCAGUGCUGGAUGUGAUCAUUGUAUUCCUGAACCCCAAUUUGUCAUCCGGUGGUUCUUCAUCCACUUCCUGAAAUACUUAUUGACCAUGAAGAUUGAACAUAGCGGGAAUUCACUUUCUAAUGAAAUCUGUCAGUUUUACCUCCCAUACGUCCAUGAGCUCCCCACAAUAGAUGUUCCGCUGAAUUCCUAA